AUGGAGGGAAGGAUAAUGUUUGCCACCAUGAUUAUGAAAGGGCAGUUUUUAACCCAACAAAUUCGAUAUGACAGAUAUUCUCGGGGCCCGGAAACUCAUCGAAACCACUUUGCACUCUGCAUCGUUCUUCCCGGUUGGAUCUGUUUUAUGCACAACUUGACGGAGUCCAAACUGAAUGCGAGAAAACUCUGCCCUGUAAAACCAGGAUCGUGUACGAAUGUCACCCAUCUUGAAUGA